AAAGAUUUACUACACUGGAUUCUCACUGGAAUGACAACUUCUCUAGAUUUAAUCUAUUAACUAGAAUCUAGUAAUAGUAACUAAUUCCAUGCUAAUUUCAGUAUUUAGGGCGUGAAAUCACCACUAUAUAUAGAUAUAUAAUUUAGAGAUCUAGGCUUAUAUAUCUAGAAAUGCCAGUGUCCAAUUCCAAUCCAACCAACUAUCAGUCCAUCCAUGAUGCUGUCAGAAACUGUGAUGUUCUGCAUCUGGAAGUUAUGGUCAAGAAUGGUGCUAGUGUGAAUGAGGUGGAACCAAGAGAUAAGUUUACUCCACUCCACACAGCCUGUAAUGUUGGGGCUUUAGAGUGUGUGCAUUGGUUGCUGUGGCAGGGGGCUGACCCAACAGUUACAACUCCCCGUGGAUGGACGCCGGCACACAUUGCUGCUAUAAGAGGCUUUGAAAACUGUAUUGAAGCAUUGUCCAACAAUGGUGUCAGUUUGUCCACAAAAGAUGCCAGAGGCCAGACACCACUUCAUCUAGCAGCAGCCCAUGGCCAUUCAUUUUGCCUGAACACAAUUCUUAGAUCUGGUGCAGACAUCACUGUGCUGGACAACAUGGGAUGGACAGCUGUCCAUUCUGCUGCCUACCAUGGCAGGCUUGGCUGCCUCCAGUUUCUGCUCAAGUGGGGGGGAGUUGCAGAUGAAGUAGACAUCAAUGGAAACACACCAGCACAUUUAGCUGCUGCUGAAGGUAAUCUCCCUUGUCUAAAGUUUCUUGUCUGCCAGAGUGGUAGUGCUCUCUCAGUCCUGUCUGCUCGAAAUGACCACGGCGAGACACCCAAAGAUUUAGCCCAGACAUUCUACAAGGACAACAUUCUCGAAUACAUUGGUCAUAUUGAACGUGAGCAGGAUAACCCAGAGGAUGGGGAAAAUCUUUCAUUCCCUGCUCAUGUGGCAGCUUAUAAUGGAGACCUCAACCACCUGAGGAUGCUGGUUGAAAAUGGUGUGGUUAAUAUCAAUGAGCGAGAUGACAAGGGUUCAACCCUUGCCCACAAAGCUGCUGGUCAGGGCCACAUUAAUAUCAUCCAGUGGCUGCUGGAGAUGGGGGCCAACAUGAACAUAACCAACCAGGCGGGGGAAACGCCUUGUGACGUAGCCAGAAGAUUUUCACAACUGGCAUGUGCCAAACUGCUUGGUGGAACAAGUUCUGAUGAAGCUGAAGAGCUCGUGGUUGGCUCUGAGGAUGAAGAGGAAGAGGAAGGAGAUGGAGUUAAAAAAAGAGCCAGAAAGUCUAAAAAGCUACAAGAUGGCGCCAAAGGUCGAGCCAAAAUGAAAGUGGAAGAGUAUGAGAGACUUCUUGAAGUGGCCAAGAAAAAUUACAUUCAACUUGGAGGCUCACUGGAGGAAGACAGAAAGAGAUUGAGAGAGAUAAGAGAUAAAGAUCACACCAUUAAUGAGCUGGAGUCUCAGCUAGAGUAUGAGAAGCUUCGCAGAGAGAAACUUGAAGCCCAGCUAGAUCAGUACAAGAGAGAGAUUGGUUACCUGAAUGCACAAAUUGAGAACAUGCAACUAAAUUAUUCGACUGAAGAAUCUGAAACGCAAGUUGCCAGAAGCAAGAAGAAGAGGCUCAAGAAGAAAAGUUACGAUGACAGUGGGGUGUACAUCAAACGCAAUGUCACAGUCUCUGAACGUGGAACUAAAUACAAGAAAAUUAUAGCUUAACAGAAAAACUAGUGACAUGAACUGUUUCUAUGUCUUUACUUGCACAAUUUCAAUAGUCUUUAGUAUAUAAUGAUUUAAAAUCAACUUGUUUCUAUGUACCAUAACAUUCCCAAUGUGUAUGCAUGUAGGCCUAAUAACAUUUAGAAAUAUUUAUUUUUAGAACUAAUUUCAUUUUAAGUCAUUUGGAUCACACCAGCGAAGGUUGAAAGGGUGUGUGUGUCACAUUUCUACCCAUGAUGAUCCCUUUAUCUUAGAUCCAAAAUUGAAACCAGUGAAAUCUGCCCAUGUGGAGUGUCACCAGAGAAUGCCGACCACGUCCUCCAAAACUGCUCUCGUCACCAAGAGGCCCGUACAAGACACCAGCCCCAAAACACCCCAAUAGAAAGAAAACUAUAUGGAGAGCUCCCUGAUUUGGAAACCACUGCGCAGUUCAUCUCAUGUAUUGGUCUAGUCAUCUGAACGCUCCAACAUAACAAUGAUAACGAAGAAGAAGAAGAUCCAGGAAUGUGCCCUUAAGAGAAAACUCUGGAUACAUCCAUAGUCUCUCCGGACAUGAGUCAUGUAAUGAAUUAAAGGAGAGAUCUAUAAGGACUCUAUAUAUUUCUUUUUUUUUACAAGAACCAACUGUUUAAGUAAUAGAUUAAUGUAUUUUUACACCUUGAAGUAACUCGAAUAAUUAGCCUUACAUUCACUGAUAGUUGUGUUAAGUUAACUACUGUAAAGAAAGCCUGUUUCUUUUUCUUUCACUGUGGAAGAACCUAAAAGACUAAAAUGUGUACAGUGAAGUUAACAUAUUUCUUGAACAAUUGUGUUAUGGCCACUAUUUUUCAAAUGCCUGGAAAGACAUGGUUGGGCUGUUCUUUCUCUUUUCUGUGAUAACAAAUUAUUUAUACAUUUUAGACAGACUUCUUGGUUCAGACUUUUUGGUCUUGAUUUUACAAAGUUUGUAAUUGUAGAAAAUAUUUUAUGGUAAACAAAAAAAAAAAAAACAUUUCUCAAACAUUCACAUUAUUUGGUGUUAACUUAAUUUUACUAUAAAUGAUAAAAAAAAAGUCAUGAAAAGUUUUUGUUAAUUGUGUGUCAACAAUAAAUUACAUCUUACACCAAAUUGUGUUUUUUUAUUUCAAAUUAUCUGGUAUUAAAAUGGCUUCCUUGUAUUUAUAAAGUCACUGUCCGUGGAUUAAAAAUGUUUUAUUUUAGCCAAAAGUAAAUAAAGAUUCAGAGUAAGAAAUAGAAACUCUGGAGAUAACUGG